CACCACAACCCUGGAUCCGCCCACCUCUUGCGAAUUUCUAGUCGUUGAAUAUAUAUUUUCUUUUCCAUCAGUCACCCUCCGCCUUGGAUCCAACCUCGAGGACUUUCUUCCUAAUCGCUCUCUCCUAUUCCUAUAUCAAUCCGACUUCAACCAACCUACACCCCGCUUUGACUGGAGUGUUCAAGUUACUCGACAUGGGAAGACUUGUCACAUUCUCGACGGCAAACCUCAAUCAAUGGGCGCUCGAUUGGGAAGGAAACGUUGCGCGUGUAAGAGAAACCAUCAAGCUUGCCAAAGAACAUGGUGCCCGCUACGUUACCACGCCGGAACUGUCGAUCCCCGGUUACGGGUGUCUAGAUCAUUUCUUAGAACAGGACACAGUCAAGCACGCCUGGGAAAUGCUAGCAUCUCUCAUCGUUGACCGCGAACUCGACGGCAUCAUUUAUGAUGUUGGCAUGCCGGUGAGGCAUAACGGCAAUCUUUUCAAUGCGAGAAUAGUGCUGCUGGAUGGCAAGAUAUUGCUCAUCAGACCGAAGAUGUCUCUUGCCAUGGCCGGGAAUUAUCGAGAAGGCCGAUACUUCAUUCCCUGGUCUCCACCCCAACGCGUCGAGCAGUACGAACUACAUGAGCUUCCCGCUGCUGCACGCUCUCUCCAAGUUUCAGCUUUCGUUCCGAUCGGAGACGCGAUAAUAUCUGCCCUCGACUGCUCAAUAGGCUACGAGACCUGCGAAGAGCUAUUCACGCCUCGGGCGCCGCAUAUCGACUUGAGCUUAGCGGGCGUCGACAUCAUCAUCAAUUCGUCAGGUUCCCAUCAUGAGUUGCGAAAGCUGGAUCUGCGUCUCGACCUGAUUAAGAACGCCACUGCCAAAGGGGGUGGCGCUUAUCUAUAUAGCAAUCAAAAAGGCUGCGAUGGUGACCGCCUCUACUAUGAUGGCUCCAGCAUGGUACUCGUCAAUGGCACUGUCCGUGCACAAGCGUCUCAAUUCUCCUUGAAUGAUGUUGAAGUCAUUUCUGCAAACAUCGACUUGGAGGAGAUAUGGUCAUACCGGACAAGUCCGUCUCGUGGUCUACAAGCUGUGUCAGCUUCUUGUUAUGAGCGCUUCAGGGCGGAAAUACGUUUGUCAUCUGAUGCAGACUUCGAUCCGACCAUUCGACCGACGCCCAUCCAACCAUUACAUUACCAUCGACCUGAAGAGGAGAUCGCCCUAGGACCUGCAUGCUGGCUUUGGGAUUACCUCCGCCGGUCAGGACAGGCUGGCUUCAUGCUGCCCCUCAGCGGGGGAAUCGACAGCUGCGCCACCGCGACUCUGGUAUUCUCCAUGUGCCGCCUCGUGUACAAGGCUGUGCAGGACGGCAACAAGCAAGUUCUCGAGGAUGUCCGCCGCAUCGUAGGCCCUUAUCACGGCGAAGAUUGGAUGCCCACGAGCCCACAUCAAAUAUGCAACGGCAUUCUUCAUACCGUAUACAUGGGAAUGUCUCAGCAAUCAAGCACAGAGACCAGGAGCCGCGCCAAGAGGUUAGCGGAAGACAUUGGAUGUCACCAUGUCGAAGCGGAUAUCGACGACAUCUACACUAGCACGAAGAACGGGUUGACGAAGGCUACGGGCUUUACGCCACGAUUCAGGGCUCAUGGCGGCUCACCUGCUGAGAACUUGGCACUCCAGAACAUCCAAGCUAGAACAAGGCUUGUGCAAGCCUACUACUUCGCCCAGAUGCUACCAUUGACUCGGGGUAGACCUAAUGGAGGUAGUCUUUUAGUGCUUGCCUCAGGAAACGUCGACGAGUGUCUGCGCGGAUACCUCACCAAGUACGACUGCAGCAGCGCUGACCUUAAUCCUAUCGGCAGCAUUUCCAAGACCGACCUCAAGAGAUUUAUUGGAUACGCCCAGAAAGAGUUUGACUUACCCAUCCUCGGCGAGUUCAUCGACGCAACACCAACGGCCGAACUUGAACCACUCACAGAAGACUAUGUCCAGAGCGACGAGGUCGAUAUGGGCAUGACAUACGCAGAACUCGGUGUCUUUGGCAAAUGCCGCAAAGAGCUUAAACUUGGUCCGUACGGAACCUGGGUUCGCCUAGCACACGAAUGGUCCGAUAAGUAUACUCCCGCCGAGGUCGCAGUCAAGGUCAAGCGGUUCUUCCACUACUAUGCCAUCAACCGCCACAAGAUGACGACAAUGACGCCUUCUUACCAUGCGGAAGCGUACUCACCUGACGAUAAUCGAUUCGACUUGAGGCCUUUCCUAUAUCCGCUUUUCUACCAGAACUGGAGCUUCAAGUGCAUAGAUGAGGAGGUGGAGAAGUUGGAAAAGAAGAAGCAGGAGAAGACUUGAAGUACACGUUGAGUUCAGCGUUUCUUGAUGGAAGGUUACAAGUAGUCGCCGAGACUACAUGGAGUCUCCGAGUCUCGGGUACCAAGCGUAUAUGAUUGCUAGACUCAUACGUUCACAUAGCGGUAUGAAAUGGAAACAUGAAAUAAACUUUGUAGUCAG